AUGUUACAACAACGAUGUCGCAAACGUACAGCGCAUACUAAAAAAUGUUGGAUUCAUUUGGCAAAACAAGAUAAUCUAAGAAUCAAACCCUCUAAUGUUCUUGGUGGUGGCAAGGGUUUAUUUGCUUGGAAAAAACCUAUAGUGCGCGGAAAAAUUAUAUCUAAAUACACAGGAAGAAAAAAAACAAAAGCCGAAAUUGACAACAAGUACGGCAAUGGUCGUGCCAAUUACACCGUAUGCAAUAGUAAGGGAAAAUGUAUAGAUGCAAAUCACACAACCGACGCAGCGGCACGAUUUGCCAAUGACGCUCGUGGCACAGUCUUCCACAAUAAUUCUAAAAUAAAAGGUCGUCAAAUGCUACGCUUGAAAGCCACACAAAUAAUACCCCCCCACCGGGAAAUAUUUACAUCGUAUAAACGCGAAUAUUGGAAUGAAUAA